UUUUUCUCGAUUGUUAAGAAUGAUUAAUAACGUCCGUUAUAAGGCUGAUAAAUUCUCAAUUAUUGAAGCAGGAUUGCUUUCACAGGAAAACGCAGAUUCAUACAAAGAGUUGUUAUAGGAUAUCCUUCAACAAGGAAAUCCUUUUUUUUUAAUUCUCAACCCACAAAACCUAUGUUCAGGGUCAAGUAUUUUCUAAGUCAUAAAAUAUGUAUUAUUUGCAGAAAUGAGAGGACCUUACUAGGAAGUAUAUUGUAUUUUUAACGCUAAAUCUAAAUCUUUUUACUAAAUAUUGCGUUAGUGCUGCUUGAGUUGUUGCACUCGAUUACAUAACGACAGCGUAUGACCUUGAUUUCAAGGUGAUGAAGAAAAAUGGCGAUCUUUGUGGGUAGACGGAGGGAGUUGGAAGAAUUACGAGAAAUGUGUCGUUUUUCUGAUUUGAUUUUGAUCCAUGGAUUGAAGGGGAUAGGAAAAUCAUCUUUUGUAAAACAAUUUUGUGAAAAUAUAAACCACAUUUUUAUCGACGUUCGGCGGAGAGAGGAAGAUCCUUUACAACUAAUUGAAAUGUUAGAAUCAGAAGUAGGAGGGAUCCGAAGAAUAAAGAACUGUGAGACAAAUAAACCAUCCGUUGAAAAUAGCGAUUUAUUAAAAACUGAUAAUGCUUAUUCAGCAAGUAACCGGAGACAGGAAAUCGAAAUGCUUUUAGUUUUGGACAAUGCAGAAGAAAUAUGCAUCGAUUCAGGAUCAAUUUCCACAUUGACUUCCAUUUCCACAUUAUCUGGUGUGACAAUUUUGAUUACAUCAACCUUCUGUCCUGUCGAGAUGAAUGAACAGAUAAUAGAGCUACCUUUAAAACCCCUUUCACACACUGAUGCUCAUGAACUUCUCAAAACUAUUUGUCCCUCAAUGGAAGAAGAUAAUUAUUUUGUGUGCAAAAUUAUUGAAUUGUGUGAAGGGAUUCCACUUGCUCUCCAGAUAGUAGGGUUAGAAUUAGAAAGUAGAUUACUUACACCAGAAGAUCUGGUGAUUCUUCUCACUAAGUCCAGACUGAAGGUAUUAAGUCAAGAGUAUUUUCCAAAAAAUGAUCAGAUAGACUCAACUUACAGAGAAUUUCUAAAUAGGAUAUCUGAACCAUUACAAGACGCGCUAUCGACAUUAAAUUAUAUUCCAGGGACUUUUAACGCGCAUGAGGCUUCCAGCAUUUUGGGUGUUGACAAUGUCAACAUUAAUAAUACUCUACGUAGCUGUAACCAAUAUCAUCUGAUCUUUAAGAGUGAAUCUGCCAAUAGAUACGACAUCCAUGGGAUAUUGAGAGAUUGUGUGAAGGAAUUCAUUAAAAUAAAGCAUUUACCAAGUGUUCGAAAGAGAUUUUGUGAAACUUUUUCAAGGAUUUUACAAGAGAUUGAAUCACGAUCCAGCACUGAGGAUUACUGUUGGGCCAUGAGUCAGUUUAGUUUAGAAUAUGGUAAUAUCUGGAAACUGUUUAAAGAAGUGAUUAAUUGCCCCUCGGACUGUUAUCACGUGUUUGUAGAAUUAGCCACCACGCUUACCAUAGGGAGGGUCCUGCUGAAAACAAUGACACUAUAUCAAGCAAUGAUUGAAUUUUUCGGCCAUUGUCUAGAAAGAACUAGGUUGUUUGGGCAAGAACUAGACGAAGCUAGAGUACUAUCAGGAUAUGGACGAGUUCUUACAAAUAUUACGGGAAACUUAGUUGAAGGUGCUGAGAUGUAUCAACGAGCGUUAGAUAUAAGGAGACGUCAUCCCAAGACUCGUGAUUAUCAUCUGGCCUUUCUUCUUCAGAGCUAUGGAUGGAACCUUGGAAUGCAAGGAAAAUACAAGGCUUCUUUAAAGUACCUGAGAGAGGCUUAUUGUGUUGAACAAGGUUUAGGAAUGUACUCCGAAAGACUCAUUUUACAGACAUUGCAAUCUUUGGCCUUAUUCUACAUAUUUUCGGACGAUAUUGAAAAUGGCGAACAGUUUCAGGUUGAAUGUUACAAAAGAAGAUUAAAAGCAAUAGGGACGAAAAAUCACCCAAUAAUGGGGUCUACGCUAAACAACAUGGGUUGCAUGUUUUUAAGAAAAGGUGACAUAAAUACAGCACUCGACUAUCAAAGACAAGGUUUAGAAAUAAAGAUUUCAACAGGAGCCCCAGUGAAAGACAUAGCUCUCUCUGAAAGGGAUCUUGCAGAAACCAUUUUAGCUAAAGGAGACUAUAGUGAAGCCAUUACACUGUUGGAUCAAGCGCUCACUCGUCUACAAGGAUUUCCCGGACUUUUUGAUGACGCCAAGGUCUUGUUAUUAAAAACAAAAGGGAAAUGUUAUUUCAAAGCACGUGCAUAUUCUGAAGCAGGUAGACAUUUCCAAAAGGCCAUUGAUCUGAAAUUGAAAACAUGCGAAGAAGAUAGCUUUAUGGUAAAAUUAUAUUGCUUAUAUGCAGAUGUUCUCCUUGCUCUUGGAGAAAAUGCAAAGGUGGUCAGAAUAUUGGAAAAGGCCCUUUUUAGAAAAGACAGUUUCAUUCAACAGACACCUACAAAUAAAAGUUUAUUUCAUUCAUACAGAAUUUUACUCGAGGCACAUUUUUCUUUAGGGAACAGGGAGGAAUUGUUUAGAACAUAUUAUGAUGGAUGUUUUGAAUUGCAAAGACUGAUUAAGGUUUUUGAAGAAGUUCCGAAUUUUUAUAGAAGAGCGGAGAUGUCAGAAAAUCUUCAAAAAUUCACAGAAAGAUUUAAAGAAAUGAAAAGAUUUUUAGAUUAAAUUAAUAUAAUCUUAGCGUACACUGUAUCUAUUCAAAAUGAAAUUCAAUAUCGUUUGUUUUAAGAGUU